UCGCAGCCACUUCGACUUAGCUCAGCCACUUUCGCCAGUCAGUGAUUGAACGUCGGCGCGUACGCAUCUCGGUCCAGUUCGGUUCCGGCCUGCAGCACCCUCCGGUGGGGAAGUUAUAUAAAAAAAGUAGCGAGAGAAUAUUUUCUACUUUCACUCUCCCGGUGCAAGUCGAAAAGUCGGGCGACGGCAAAGAAGUUACACCUGGAAGUUGCAAAAAGAACCCGUUUGAGUGCUACCAGCAGAGUGAGUGGAAGCGAAAGCAACGCCCGAGCUGAGGUGGAUAUGCUAUUCCUGGUCAGCUUUUCCUGCACCAUCAGUAGCCAUCCAGAUCUUUCGACUUAGCUCGCAGUGCUCUCAGUGUAAUCAGCUCAAGCCAGUGAAAAGAAUAUUCGACAGUCCAGCAGAGCUGGGUCAAGUAUGGCUUCGAGUCCUUCAAACCGAUUUCGGAGCGGGCGCAACAUGCCAUCAUGGGUGACCGAAAGCAGUGAUCGGGUAGGGCCGCCGCCUCCACCGCCACCGGCCAAUAACGAUCCCGAGUAUGAGGUCAUCGAUGUGGCGAACCAGCAGCAAUACUCGAAUGCUCCACCUCCAGUGCCGCUCAAAUCUCCAGACAUCAAACGGCUGACCGUGAUGAAGUGCGAUUUGUGCGGUUCCGUCGCGCCCGUCGUUCGGUGCGAGCAGUGCGACCAGAACCUGUUCUGUGUGUCCUGCGACGAUCGCUACCACCGACACCCGAAACGCCAAACACACGUCAGAAAGCCGAUUGAACCGCCCGCGGCGGUUGCGCCACCGACCCCCAGCAGCACGGUCAAGCCUCCGCUGCCACCGAAGGGUGACGCCGGAUCGAGCGGGCCGCUGCCGCCGCCGAGAAGGAACAAGCGUCCCGGAAGCUUCCACUUUCCCAGUCCCAUGUUUGGCCGCAAGCAGGACCAGCAGACAAUUCCCACAACAGUGCCUCAAGGGCAGCCGGAGCAGCAGCAGCAAAAACCUCCGCCACCGCCGCCGAGUCCGGCUCUUUCCUUGCGGGAAAAGAUGAACUCCCUCAAACGCUUCAUACAUCCCUCAAACAGGCCCUUACCCGAUCCUCCGGAGAAUAAAAUUCAUUCUUCCAACUCAUCACUGGACACCGUCUCGAAGCGCUCGCCGUCGAUCGGGCCCAACAGAUCCGUUUCGAGCACGAUGGAAAAGAUCCAGAACAAUACGGCGGCCACGCUGGACCGCAUGACGCUGCUGCAGCAGCGCUACCGGCAGCACCAAGAGGCGAUGAAGUCGGAUGGAGAUCGCAGCAGACGCGCCAGUUUGACGUCCAACACCGACCUGCAGUCAUCCGCUACUGAAUCGUCAAACAGCUUCCGUAACAAGCCAACAGGUGCUUUUCAGCAGCAGCAGCAGCAGCACCAACAGCCGUCGAUGCAACCCUCUCAACAGCUGCAGAACAGAUGGCUUAACCCGCCGGUACAGCCCAGAAUACGAUCUGGCAGUGUUGCUUCCGGCAUUAAUCUACUGUCCGUCCCGGGGACACCGAACGGACCGGGUUCAGGCUUUGGGCACAAUUUCGCCCCACCGGGCAAUAGUAAUGCACCGUCUGUCUCUCCUAUACAGCGCUCGGAGUUUGGCGACACGAUGCCUUCGAUGCCGAACGGCCCAAGGAGUCUCAGCACGUCUGUGUUCAAUCUGCACCAGCCGCCACCACCGCAGCCGAACAUGUGGGGCUUCAAUCCGUUGCAUCAGGCUCAGUCAAUGGCACACUUCAAUCCGAUGCAGUGGAAUCAGAUGAACGCCUGGAUGGGACGUGGAUCACAGAACGGUUCCAACAUGAGUCUCAACCUACCGCCACAGCAUGGCUAUCCGCCACAAGAUCCUGCCGGAUAUCCACCAGGCUGGACCAACACUUGGAAUGGAAUGUAUCCAUACCCCCCAAUGGGCAUGAUGCCGAUGAUGCCAGGAGUAGCCAUGCCACCGCCGCGAUCCCGUGCCAACUCACGAUCUCGUGCCGCUUCACCAGCACUGAGCGUCAAGUCGCGCAAAUCUACCAUGUCGAUGCGCAACCUCAACCGAAACAGUUUCAUCGACGAUCUUACCGAUGACGAAGAUUCGGACGACGGGUUCCAUCGUUCGCGCGGGCGUGGUGGUGAUCGGCGACGCCGUGAGCGUCUCAACUCUACCAGCAGUAUGGACUUUGACGAGCCAGAACCUCCAGCGCAGUCCUUCGUGCGUGCAUCGAGCGUGAAGCAUUCGCGCUUCAACCGUGAUCGUCGCGGUGGAGGAUCUUCGGCCCGUUCGCUGAUCGAUUAUCCCGUGUCGAGGAAGGUCACAGCUCCACCAGCUCGGUACGAUCGCGAGGAGCUGGUGCGCGAUCGUUUCGACAAGCUGUCCGUGUCGUCGGCCCGCAAAGAGCCAUCGGAUUCCUUCACAAAUGAUUCCGAUCUCGAGCAGGAAGGACGUCGAGUCACCUCCAAUCGGUCACGCUCGGGCAACGAGAGUCUCAGCUCACCGCGCAAGAUCAACUCCGACUCCAUGACGAAUGAUUCCGAUGCCGACUUUGAGCGCAGACGUCAGGCCAAACUGAAGGCGGCUCAGAACAAUCUCGCUGCCGCACGGCGCAUCACGUCCGACUCGCACACGAACGACUCCGAGCCGGAACAGGAUCGACGAAGACAGCAGAAGAGCAAGCCGGCUCCAUUGCCAGCGCCCAAAAAGCCAAUACCAAGCUCCGAUUCGGAUGGACGUGAGAAACAGCGCAGAAAGAGUGACACCAAGAAGAGUGACAGUGGAAAGGCUGUCGCAGCCGCGCCCAAGAAGAUUCCUUCCGACUCGCACACACCCGAUACGGAUGGUUCGGACCAGAGGAGACGCUUUGCCUCGAAACAACAGAGACAACGCAAGCACUCAAGCACCGAGUUCAUCGCCAACGAGUCGGACAAUGAACGGCCGGAAAAGGUCGUCAAUGGGCUGCUGGAGUUCCGCACCAUAUCGCCCACGAAGUCGGACUCAGACGAACAGCGGCAUCUGAAAACGGUCGAGAUUAAGAACAUCAUCAACGACACCCGCUCGGAGGUGGAGCCCGAUAAUGGAGAAGUGCCAGAACAGUCACCACCGCCGCCAGCCCUCGUUGCACCGGAUCGCGAGUGGGAGUGUGAGUUCUGCACGUACGUCAACGAGCCUGGCGUGAAGAUCUGUGCCAUCUGCUGCAAAACCGCCACCAUCAGUGCGGUGGGUGGUGGUGCCACGAAACAGGACGGUGAGACCCGUUCACCGCCUCCGGAUGUAGUGCAGGAGACGCCGCAAGUUACCGAGGUGAAGCUGCAAAUCGUACCGCCCCAGAAGACCGCCAACGGUAAGCCACCAGGUGAAACGAAGAAGAAAGAUGUUGACGACGAGAUGGACACCGAGAUGGACCAGAUAGUCGAGGGCGAGGUUGUGUCCAAGUCGUGUAGCGAUGGUAGUAGUGAAGGGUUGAAUCGAUCCCUCACUCCCGAGAAGAAGCAAUCGGUUGAGAUACAGCCAAGCUUCGAUGCAGAUCCUGUCCACGUUGAGAAAAAGGUUGCGAAAGAGAAGGUUUCCACGGGUUGUGGUCCUUCGCCGCCGAGGGAAAUUGUUGGGGUUGGCCAUUCAGCGGCUGGAGGAGAAAGGACACGUCAUAGGGCUUCUAUCGGCACAUCACCACCGCCCCAGGAUAUGUCCACACAGACAUAUGAUUCAUUCGAGCAGGUGCGUCAUGAAAUUGCCACACAAAGUCAACGCGCUGAUAUACCGGCCAAUGAAACGGCCCAGGAGCCGAACCUCACGUCUUCAGCACUUUACAAGCGAUCCUAUUCGCUCGCCACACCGCAACUGCUUGAAGUUGAACGCCCUGCCAGUCGCAACAGCAUCUCUAGUGAUACGCAGAGCCUACCACCAUCACCACACGAACUGAGCCCGCAGCCCGGUCUGCAGAACUCGUCACGGUAUCACGCAAAUCAGGCACUGAAUCAAACGACCACCUCCACUACCACUCAAUCAUCCCCAUCCCAUCGUUACGGCCAGCAACAGCAGCAGGAUGAAAGCCUAUCCUUCCUGGACCGUGCCAUCCAUCAGAUCAUCCAAACAGCCGCUAAUCAGACACUCGGUGCUGCUGCUGCCGCUACUGCCUCCGGCCGCACUGCAGCUGUUCCCGAGGAGAACAUGUAUCGCACAUUUAACGAUCUACGCCGCAUCGAUACGAUGACGCAGGCAAAGGUCGUCAGUCCGCAGCCGGCUGGCGGUGGAAAUGUGCCACCCAGACAACCAAUGCAAUCGAAAACGAUGGACGAUCAUCAAGAUCCUGAAGAUAUGCCGCAAGGUACAGAGCAACUGACAGAGAUGCAAAAUGGAUCUACAUCCAAAGAGGAACCUUCCGAGAUGACUCUUCUUCUGCGGGAAGCAGAACGCUAUCAUUUCACAGCCGAAGAGUUGCAGGCAGCGAUGAAUCAUUGUGGCGAAAAGCAUCCGGUCCAGUGGCUGCGCAGCAAUUGGAACAAACUAAUCGAAACGGUUCAAACGUUGGCCACCAAGUACGGGCACGAGAAGCGCGAGAACACCAUCGGAACCAUUUCGACAGUGGAGGCCCGGGAGGCGCUCCGAAUGCACAAGGGUAACAUCUGGCGUGCGAUCACUGAGUGCAUCGAGCAGCGACAGCGCAAGUAUCGCGAAAUCGCCUCGAAGGGUAACUUCACGCGCGAGGACAUCGUCACAAGCCUGACGGCCCACCAUGGCAAUCUUGAGCUGGCGACGAUUGAGCUAAGCAAAACGCAGCUCAAACCGUUCCUGAUGCGCAUCUGGGGUCCACCGAGCGGGGCCGACAACGAUAGUGGCAACUUGCUGCUGCAGCAAGCGCUGCAGGAGGAUCGAACUGGAAUCAGCAGUGAAAUUCAACAGUUUAUCAGUGCCCAUGUAGAACAGGAGCUGCUUGGUACAGGGCCAUCGGAAAAGGUUAUGCAACCAUCAGAACCCGAGCUACCGAGCGCGAUGGAGCAAGCUGACAGAGAAGAUAUCGAGCCAGAAAUACAACAAUUAACUGAACAUGAGAACACUAAAGCACCAACUCCAUCACUGCCGGAAGAGGAUCAUCUUGAAGAGGUAUGUGAAGCGCAAUCCAGCACGACCACUUCCAAUACGGAAAUAUUAAAGGAUAUUGAGGCACUUAUAAUGCAAAUGGAACGAAAGCAAGAGUCCUCCAACGGUACGGUACUACGCAACAUCCAGCAACUGCUCAGCCAACUCGUCGACGCUGAGCCCAACUCUAGGUCCCCGUCGGCCACAUCGAUACGGUCUCAGGCAAGUGAUCAGCGUAUCAUGAGCAAAAGUCCCAUUCCCGUGCGCAAUGGCAAGCAACCCGAUCAUCUGCCCGAUCCAAACCGAUCCAUCGAGGACGAUGUACGUGACUUUGUACAAGAGAACAUACAGGACAUUCUGCCGAACCUGGUGCAACAGGUACGGCAGGAACUGGACGCGGUGAAAGUGAAUUUACAGACGAAACCGAAAUCAUUGGAGGACGACAUACGCGAGACGUUGAUGAGGGCCGAAUACUCUGAGAACGACUACAGCAACAUUCAUUACUUUCCAUUCGAUAAGACGCCCGAACCGCCUGUACAUUUCCCCGAGCGUCAGCAAACGAGUAAGGUGUCGGUACAGCCUUCGGUAGCCAACGAAACGGACGAGUAUGCUAAUAUUCAAAAGUUUCUGGAGCGAGCCAUAAGAAACGAGAAAACCACUACCGUGUUUGAUCAGAUGAAGCGUAGCAACUAUCUUAUCGAUAGCAGCUCCGACGAAGCACGACAAACGGCGGAGUCUACGGAUUACUACGAUCUGGUAUCGAUCAACGAGAAAUUGAUGCAUCUGUUCACUAAGACUCCUUCGAAGGAGUCCCAACCAGUGCAACAACAUGAGGUUGCAUCAAAGACUUCUCAUCCAGAGGGAAGUCCAUCAGCUACGAAAGUUCAGAGCCACGUUCAAACAGCUAUAGAAGAAGCUACACGAACUCCGCAAGGUCCAGAAGAGCCAAUACCACAAGAAAGUCCACAAAUGGAAAAGAAAGGCGUUAAGAAACGUCGUGGAUCACGUAUUCCAGUCAACAAGAACAAUUAUCUCUACAGGCGUCCAGUGAAAAGCUCUUCCGAAAGUGACUUUGAAGUAUUGGCCACAAAUUCAAAACAGAAUCAAUCGUCGAUAGCGGCUAUAGAUCAUGUGGAAGAAAUGCGACAUGUGGUUGAGAAUAUCGAGCGUAUCGAGCAAACGAUGGACGUGGAAGACGCUCCUGAAGAUGAAGAUGAUCAAGAAGAUUUCGAGUUAGUUGAUGAGCCAAUCUACAUAAACCUUCCUCCGAAAAAAGAAUCAGAAGCUGAAAAUGUGGAACAGCUGGAAGAAUUUGAAGAUACAACUACAAUGCCACAACAAGCUUCUCCAGUUGAAGAAUCUACCACGUUCGUUGAACCUAUUAAGGAUCAUCAUACUGAGUCCGUCAUGCAGGAUCUUACGCAAGAUGUCUCAACACCUCAAGAACUUCCCCAACAGUCAGUUGAGGCUACGGAUGCUGUCAAUCAACCGAUUGUGGAAGAACAAAAGCUACAAGAUUCUACACCAGCCAUAUCAAACACGAUUCAAGAGCCUCCUAUACAACCUGUGGAAUCUAAUACUGCUGCUGCUUCUAUUGCUCAUGUUGUUGAAGAACCAAAACCAAUUCACUCACAAGAUCCUGCCCCACAAGCCUCAAAUGAGAAUCAGCAACAACCUCUUCCAGCGCCUUCUGCAGAGGAAAACAUACAAACUAAUGAGCUCGCAAUCACCGCUUCAAAUGAAACUAAUGGUCAUGUACAAGAAGAGCCUCAACCAACUGUUAUUGCUGAAACACCUGUUGUGGCAAGUGAGACUAUAGCUAGUUCCUCUGCUCCGAAUGAAGCUGUCAAAUCUGAACCACCUACAAACGGUUCAUUGCCGGAUAAUUCAAACAACAUCUCGGAAGCAGAUCAGCAAGACGAUGUUAUAAGCCAUAGCUCCAAACUGGCAAACAAUCUAUCCGAACUUGUGCUGGAUACGAAACGGCUCAUACAACAAAUGAAGGAUGAGAUCAACUCGGACAUUGCAACGUUCAACGAGGACGAUGCUGCUUACGAGGAAGAUUACUACGAAGAUGAAUACGAAGACGAAUGGGAAGGUGAAGAGGAGGAAGAAGAGUGGGAUUCUAACGAGGAGUACGAUGUGGACGAGAAUGGCGAUUUUUAUGAGUAUGAAGAUGAUGAUGAUGAUGGAUCGGUCAUGUUUUCCGAAAUGACCAUCAUUGAUUCCGCCAAAUCGAGAGAUGCUGAGCAACCGCCCAAUGAAAUGAUACCAGUCCAAGAACCUCCACAAAUGAUCAUGCCCAUGAUCAACAUGGCGAUCGUAAGAGAAAACGAACGGAACAGUGCGUCCGAGGUGAGCGAUCUCCCACUGGACAGUGAUUUCAAUGAUGCUAUGAGUGUGAUUGAACAGUCUGUAGGCGAGCUACGAAACAUGUUGCACUUGACUGAGGAAGCUUUAGGACCGCUGGAUCUGGCCAACCCACUGCAUCAUGCUUCCAGUGUGGAGACGCUGCAGAAUAGUCCGGAACAGAGUGAAAUUAGUGAGAUUACACUCGUUCCCGAGUACCAUAACACGACGGCAGAGGAAUCGAGUGAACCUACGCUCGUGGCAGACGAGAAUGUUCCGAUGACGAUGAAGGAUGUGCAAACAUUAAUGAACGCCAAAGCAGUCAUUGGUGGCCCUGAAUACGCUACAGUAUUUAAGGCAAAUUCGAAGCUUCAAGAAAUCGAGACUGCUAAUGACUUGGCCCAACAGCCACCAGCUUCUAUUGGAACAACUCUGAACACAAGCAGUGAACUUCCUGCUACAAACCAAGGAGAAGCAGGUCUUGUAAAUGGGACAGAAUUGAGGGCAGCCAUUACCGAAGAUGCUUCAGUACCAGCAACCUCAGAAUCGUACUCCGUGGAGCAGCCGUCUGAAGCUACCGUUAACUCACAAGAACUUCAAGUUUCUGUUGAGUCUGCAAUAGAUGAUCACCUCGAUCAUCCAGCUAGUGAAAGCUUGAAAAUGACGAAUGACAUCACUCAAACUACUCAGCAAAGUAUUCAACCAGAAUCUACACAAAACCAACAAGGUCCUGGUGAUCUUGUAGACACAUCGAACAAUCCCAUCCCCGUGACGGACGGUGACGUUCAAUCACUACCACAGCAACCCACCACCACUAACGUCACCACUGAACAACAACCACCAGAACCAAACGCAAAUAAUUUACCUAAUGGAAAUGCUACGAGCGGUCACAGGACACUAUCACGUGCCUCCUCUGAGGAGCCUUCAUCUAGCUUCGUUGAGAUACAACCAUCGCAGGUCAUCAUUCACACACCUCAAACGGAAACGCAACCGCAAGUCGUUCCGCCCGAAGCUCCACCGCGUACCACAAACAUCUACCAGAAUGUGGACCUUCAUCCUUCUGCUUCAUCCAUCUCCCCCACUGCAACUACCAUUACCACCACCUCCACCACCACUACCUCCACUACUACCCCCAUGAAGAGCCCACCCACUCGAUCAAAGUCGAAAGCUCCCAAACUAACCGUUAAAGUUACAAACGCUGCUUCUUCGCAGUCGGAGGAUGGUGCCUCACCGACAACACCACCAACUCCCACUGGCCAGAAGGCUAACGCCAAAGCAACCGCUUCCAAAACUAAAACCGAAAGUAAAAAGAAAUCCACCAGCACCACAUCGUCCCCCACGGCCGAUUCCAACGGUCGGCGGCCGUCGGUCACGCGCAAAAAAUCGAUCGGCGGUGUGUUUGGCCCGGUACAAACCAACACGGUCAAGAACAUGCAGAAAGAGUUCCUCAACAAGGCGAAGGAAUCGCCCAAACCGAGCACAUCCAAGGUUGCUCCCAAGCCGGCCAAGCUCGUUCAGCCCAAGGCGUUUACCGCUCGCUCAUCGACUACACCGACCGCCUCAACCAGCAAGGCAUCCACCCCGGCGUCGGAGGAUGCGAGCACAUCGGCCAGAUCCACGCCCGGACUCAACGAUGCGAACGAACCACAGCCGGGCAGCUCACGCGACACGACCUACAUGUGCGAGAAGUUGAUGAAGAAAAAGUACCGCGAAACGUGCUUCAGCGAUGAGUACCAAACGACGGACGAUGAGGACGAAAGCCACAUGACGGUCACGGAAAGCGAGCGCACCAUUAUCAAGAGCCUCGUGAAACCGUACGAACCGAACAAUGAGCCACCAGAAGUGCAAGCAAAACAGUUGAUGGAAGAUGGUCUUGUGCAAACACUCGCCCAAGCAGAGCUUGCGGUGCAGUUGAUCGAGUUGCGGUACGCCAAAGACAACGCCAUCUGGGCCGCAACGCAGUGUCACACGAUCGACGAUGCGAAAGAUCUGCUGCAAAAGGAGUGCGAGCUUUGUCUGGGUGUAUUCCCAAUGAACGAGAUCAUCUCGAUGCUCAAAUGUACUCACACCUGCUGCUUUGAGUGCGCCAAGGAGUACUUCACGCAGGAGAUUACCAACCGCUCCAUCACGAACUGUAACUGCCCGUACUGUAAGGAGCCUGAUCUAAAUGGGCCAGAAGUUACGGAAGACGACGUGCUGGAGUACUUCUCCAAUCUGGACAUUCUUCUGAAGAACAUCGUCGACGAGGAGGUACACGAUCUGUUCCAGCGUAAGAUCCGCGAUCGAACACUCACCAAAGAUCCAAACUUCAAGUGGUGCGUCCAUUGCUCAAGUGGAUUCUUUGCCCGUCCGAAACAGCGACGACUAGUCUGUCCGGAUUGUGGCUCAAUCACGUGUGCCUCAUGUCGUAAGGCGUGGGAAACUCAACAUGAGGGACUAACAUGCGAGAAGUUUGCCGAGUGGAAGGAAGCUAACGAUCCCGAACUGCAGGCCGAAGGUGUCCAGCGUCAUCUGCAAACACACGGUAUCAGCUGUCCCAACUGCAAGUUCCGGUACUCCCUCGCACGUGGCGGUUGUAUGCACUUUACCUGUACGCAGUGCAAGUUUGAGUUCUGUUACGGCUGUAACAAGCCGUUUAUGAUGGGUGCGAAAUGUAGCGUAUCACCGUACUGCGCCAAGCUGGGAUUGCAUGCACAUCAUCCGCGAAACUGUCUGUUCUAUCUGCGAGACAAGGAACCAAGAGAUCUACAAAACUUGCUUCUGAUGAACAACGUACCGUUUGAUACAGAACCUUCGGAGCAGAUGAAACAGGAGUUGGCGAAUGGAGAGAGCACCACCAUGAAGUGUCCCAUUCCAUUGCAAAAGGAAACACCAGCUGGUCUGAUGGAUAUGAUCUGCAGCGCAGAUGUCCCCGAAAAACAUGCCGGAUUGUGCAGAACCCAUUACGUUGAAUAUUUGGUCGGUACGGUAUCGAAAGCGCAGAUCGAUCCGCUACCGAUACUGGAUCUAACCGAUUGUGUCCAAGAGUUGCGCCGCCGCGGCAUUCCGCUCCCGGAACGGGGUCCUUGGGACACCGAUGAAAUUUAUCGGGAAAUGUGCCAGAAGCUCGUUAAGGACAAAAUUCCUCUGGAUAACUGAGCAUCUAUCUUCUAAGGCCGAAAUGGUCAGCCAUCUAUCAACAUACUUCAUCAUUAGUCUGGAAAUGGUCCAGAGAACAUCACAGAGAGGGGUUGUUUAACGUAUAAUAUACAUAUAUUCAAUAAAUUUACCUUAGAACACA